AAUCCUCAAACGCGCUUAACACACACACAAGACCAGACGCCAUUUUGAACUUAACGACACAAAAGAAUAAAAAAUUGUUCCCAAAGUGUUUUCAAACAAUUAGCACUUACACUUGGGUUUUUCAUUGCAUUAACAUAAAAAAUCAUCGCAGCGUGUACAAAAAAAUGUAAACAUUUUACGUGUCUCAACUUUUAUUUACCAAUGUGAUUACCAUUUUGAAAAUAAUCGUUAUGGAGGAGUGGGAAGAGUCCCGAAAUGUGCUGUGUGUGUGCGUGUAAACAAUUAAAAACUAAUUGAAUCGUCGAUUGACGAAUAUUUGCACAGAAAGUUUCGCGCAGCGCGCGCGUUGUGAUUCAUGCGCUUAGUUGCGCGCCGCUGUCGGUCAAGAGCACACGCUCCACGUAAGUUCUCCAAUAAAAGUGCCCUCUGCAUCUCGCCACCGCGAAAAAUCACCGUCGAUGAGCAAAUCCCUUCGACUUCGGAUCAAAUCGUGCGGGCGAACAUCUUGGAUGGACGAUCGAAAACCCGACUAGCGGAUAGCUGGCAAAGAUGGCGCUGUACUCACUCAUACCCAAAGAAAGCUAUGGAUCUAAAGUCAUGGAGAGCCACAAUCCACUCAUCAAAUGCGGCGAGCCGGUGCGUGUCGUCGCGCUCGCCGUGCCGGAGGAGAUGGACGUGGACGCCUUCGACGACGCGGCGGUCGUCUGCACUGACAUGGAACUAACGCUGGUGACGCCGACCUCGGGCGCACCGCCGACCAUCAUCAAUGGAUGUCAUCAGCAGGGCGAGGAGAAUGGCCGGCUGCCGGAUGUGGUCGUCGAGGCAAAGCUGCCGAUUGACGGCGAUGAUGCUAGCGAUGAGGAUGGUGCCAAUCUCGGGGAAACUUACUUUUCAAUUGCCAUUCAGGUCUUUAUUCCGUUUCUUAUCGCCGGCUUUGGUAUGGUUUUCGCUGGGUUGGUGUUCGACAAAAUUCAGCAUUGGCCAGUGUUUGAAGAAAUCACAGAACUGGUGAUUCUCGUUCCGGCUCUGUUGGGGUUGAAGGGCAACUUGGAGAUGACGCUGGCGUCCAGAUUGUCUACGCAAGCCAACCUCGGGCAUAUGGACACAGCAAAGCAGCAGGCGUCGAUGAUUUUAGGCAAUUUAGUUCUCAUUCAAUGUCAAGCGAUCGUAGUGGGCUUCCUCGGCUCGGUGGUAGCUGUAGUGAUGGGUGCGAUCAAGAGCAAUGAAGUGGAGUUAGAUCAUGCCUACCUUCUAUGCGCCAGUAGUCUGGUGACGGUCUCCAUCGCUAGCUUAGUUCUAGGCCUAAUCACCGCUGCGGUAAUCGUCUUAUCACGGCAUUGCCACAUCAACCCCGACAACGUUGCCACGCCGAUUGCGGCCAGCCUCGGCGACAUUACCUCUCUUACACUGCUCUCCUGGGUGGCCACACACCUCUACGAGUCAAUAGGUAAAAAUAAAUCUGAAUGCACACAUGAUUGGUUAGCACCGCUUAUCAUAGCCGGAUAUAUUCUGGCAAUUCCACUCUGGAUUUGGAUCGCGAAGAAGAAUCUACAAACGCGGGAUGUAUUAUACAAUGGGUGGACACCAGUGGUCGGCGCCAUGUUGAUCAGUAGCGUCGGAGGCUUGAUUUUGGAUUUUAUGGUGUCUAGGUUUGAAGGGAUAGCUGUCUUUCAACCAGUUAUCAAUGGUGUUGGUGGUAAUUUGGUCGCGGUUCAAGCAAGUCGUAUCUCGACAGCGUUACACAAACAAGCUGUCUUGGGCGUGUUAACACCAGACGGAAAUGCGGAGGAAGACAGCGCGGAAACGGAUCGGAUGAUUUUCAUCUCGCCAGUGACGGGUUUCUGCGGAAUGUCACCGCAUGCAAGAACUACGCGGGUAUUGAUGUCGAUGGUUUUGCCUGGGCAUUUGAUAUUUAUCUACACCAUCGACUAUAUGAAGGCAGAGGAUACCGAGCUGAGUAGCCUGUUUGUGAUUGUUUACCUCUGUGCGGCGUCCAUGCAGGUGGCGACUUUGUUAUACGUCGCGCAUAUUAUGAUUCACUGGAUGUGGAGCCGAAAGAUCGAUCCAGACAACUCCGCCAUUCCGUAUCUAACGUCCAUGGGUGAUUUGCUAGGAAUAUCACUGCUGGCGGUCGCGUUUCAGUUCUUGUACCUGGUCGGUGAUCAUGAAAUCCCCGAGCCGGGUGAUUAGGUGCUGACACCUAUGCGCAAACAAACCUAACCUAGUUUAAACGUUUGAUUUGUUACAUUCUUGCUGUUUGCGCAUGCGUGUCAGCUAGGAAACAAAACACAUACCUCUGUGAAAAAAAAAACAAACUUCAAACAUCAUGUUCUCAUUGUGAUAUAUGUACUAGCAUGAUAAUUAUUAAGUUAACAGUAAUUAAAAAAAAAACACAUCACAUGCAGUGUGGUGAGACGAAUCAUGCUGCUGAAGAAAGAUAACAUACCUAAGAAAUAUGACAAUAGUACCUAGUUUUAUGCCUUACAUUUGACAUUAUUGCGCCGUGCGCCCUCCACACUUGCGGAUCUGCCAUUUGUUCGUCUUGCUGUGAAACAGUGUGCAUGGCAGAUCUCUUGUUGCUACUAACUAACUUAACAUGCAAGGAAUUAAAUUGAACUCAAUGAAUUGAAACUGUACAACAGACUAAACUAAAAUGGAACGUAAAAAAUUCAAUUAUACAUUAAGCCAAAACUCAUUGUUGAAAUUUGAUGUUAGAAACAUUCGGUUUGAGAACAGGAGAAUAUUGUAAAAUUGAGGUUUAAAGUAUGAAAUGUUUUUUGGUUGUGCAGGCCGAAGCGUUGUGGAAUUAAUUGAACUAGAAGUUGAAUUAUUUUCGAAUAAAACUAAAACAACA